AUGCUGGGAUUUGGCAAGCUGUCAAGGUAUGUGUUUCUUGCUUUCUCGCUUACAAACUCAUGUCAAUGUGUUUAACAAUGAUCUUUCUUUAGGAUAAUCUGGAGUAAUGCAGUUACAGCCAAGUCAUCGACAGCGGUGAUUACUUCUUUGUGAGCCAGGUACCCUCUCCAGGAGUGGUUGUCCAAAGCAGAAUCUUCCAACAUGGAUUUGCCCCUGCUGUAGUUUCUCAGAAUAAUGCCCAAUGGUGAAAUAUUCCCAUAUUUAAAAUAUAAUGAAGGGUUUCAAACAUUUGUCAAUCUCAUGUCUGUAAUGUAUUAUAGGAAUGACCGUGUGCUACAUCUUCAAACAGAGGAAUCGCCCAAAAAUCCUUCCCUCCUAGAAAACGCAGGUAAAUUGUUACUUCACUGCCGUUUCAGAAGAAGCCUACUGUACAGAGUCAAUCCUAUCCUUGACAUAAUGCUUAUUGUGUUGAUGUUUUGAUGUAGUUGUGUUGUGCAGUGAUGAUGAGGAAGAUACCUCUGUCCGUUCUGUAACUCCAACAUCAGGGACCAGCCAGUCCUCACCAAUGCCCUCUAGUGGCAUUGAAGAGACAGUUGAUGAUGAUCACUUUAAAAGCAAUGACUUUGCCAACUCCAAAACCGGGCUACCAAGGACAAUUGUCCGUGAUCAAAUGUCAUUGGAUUCUGGAAGACCGGUUAAAACGAUUGAAAGGAAAAUGAAAACAUUUGAGUUCCCUCAUUUCUGUUCCUGCCAAAUACAACCUUAUGUAUGUGAUUUUGUUUACACCUAUUGACACAGUCUCUGUUAUGUCACAUUUUUAUUGACUUUAAUGCUUCCUUUCACAGUUUGGGAAGUUAGUCCCUGACCAACCCACCACCAAACGGCGAAGAGUCAAACAGGAUCCUCCCACAUCACCUCAUCCUAAACACCCAUCUGUUGAUAUUUCUGAGGGGAUCAAAGUGUUCUGCAGAUGUGUAAGAGUGGGGACAAUGCACAGGACCCCUCCAAAGCAUGUCACAGUAAUUGUUUUGUUUGUUUUGGAUACAACUGAAAACAGUAUUUAAAACUGAAACUCUUUGCCAGUAGACAACACAACACAGAUAUUCCAGUAUUACACUGACUCAGUUUAUUUGACUCUGUUUCAGUUUACAGCAGAGUACAUUCAGAUCAAUGGACAAGGUAAGAAUCCCUUCAAAGUCUGAACUGGUGCCUUAUUGGGAUGAACAGCCAUGAGAUGACAUGAAGCUGUUAAGUGUUAAUAUCAGUGUGGCUGUGGUCAUACAGCCUGGCCAGCUGUGCCUGGUGCCAUGUCCGAAGCAUGCCUGCCCCCUUCCUCAAGAACACUCCAGGAGAGAGCCAGCGCCUCCGCCUCUUGCUCAAGAUGUCCCGAGCCAAGGGGGGCGCCUGGUAUGACAGCAAGGGCCAACAUGAAUAUUACAAAACACAUGUCAAAGGCCUGACUCAGGGAACUCUCCUACUGUAGAUGGUUUGCAUACAGCACUAUACUGUAUGAAUUUAAUCAGUAGAUACCCCUGUUUCACCAAUGUAAAUUAAGUAUGUGCCAAUUUAAUCAAACUUAAUCCCUCUGUCUAUCAAUCUGAUGUUUGUUGUAAUCUUUCGACAGAUCUCGGCGAGAACUACAUUAUCCUAGUGCUUGAAAAUACACUGUCUGACUUGGAGAAAGUUGAACUGGACAAAAUCUUCAGAGAGAUUGACAGAGCAAAUAAAGCUACUCCGGGGGAUUUCUCAGUGCAAUUGUCAUUUGUGGAAGCUAACCAAAUACUCAUGCACUCUUCCAAACCAACCCCAGAGAAGGUAAGCCAUGUUGAACAUGUUGCACUGUUAGUUGUAGGCAUUUAAUGGAGCAUCAUCCACCGAUGACGUAAAGUCCAUUGACGUGUCACCAAACCUGGUGUGUCCUCUGCUUGUCUUUCUCACUGCAGUAGGUUUCAGAGCCCGUUGCAUGCCCACCUAAAUAUCCUCCUCACCCAGCUUCAUCAUUUCUGCAGAAGGUAUCCCAGGCUAUUUCAGGCCCACCUAAACCUCAGCCCUCUGUGUUUCAGCAGCAGUUUCUUUAUUCCAUUUGUGGCUCAAGGACACAGACCCCUUCUUCCAAGCCUCUUGUCCCAAGAUGGAUUGCACCUGCCCCACCACAAAUCUCUCUUGCCCCACCACAGAGCUCUACUCCCACUACAUGCACCUCUUCUCCCCCAACAUGCACCUCUUCUCCCCCAACAUGCAUCUCUCCCGCCCGACAUUAAUCUCUUCUCCCCAACAUGCAUAUCUGCUGCCCCAAUACAAGUCCUGGAUGAUGAUGAAAUAGUGGAGAUUGAGGCAACGUUCAAAGGGCCAGUCAAGAGGUGAAUGAGAAUUCCCAUCUUAGGGCUAUUGGUCUUGCUAUACUGAUAAAGAUGAUUUAUGCUAAACCCAUUGUGAUGUUUGGGUUGUCAUCUUGCUAGGUUAACACUGUACCCCCCUCCUCCAGCCAGAGGGGGGGAUCUGCGUCAGCAAUGAAAGACCUCCACUGUCUCAACGAGCGAGAGUUCUUGAAUGAUGUCAUCAUUGACUUUUACCUGAAGUGA